AUGGCUGGAUCUGGAGGUGGUGAGCUGAGAGCUCCGAUCUUCAAUGGUGAGAACUAUGAGUUCUGGAGCAUACGGAUGAAAACCAUCUUCAAGUCUCAUGGGCUUUGGGAAUUCGUUGAGAAAGGGGUAGAGAUCUCAGAUUCGAAGGGAGCUGCUGGAUCUGAUGAGAAGAAGAAAGACAAGGAGGACUCAAGUGAUGCUGUGAAGAUAUCUUUCACAGAGGCAUUUAUGAAAGAUGCUAAGGCUCUGGGUCUGAUCCAAGGAGCAGUUUCUGAGGAAAUUUUUCCUAGGAUUGCUCAUGAAGAAACCUCGAAGGGAGCCUGGAAUCUCUUGAUGCGAGAAUUUCAUGGAGAUAAACAGGUGAGAGGUGUAAAAUUACAAAGUUUACGAAGAGAUUUUGAAUAUACUAGGAUGAGAGAUGAUGAAUCUUUGUCUGCUUACCUUGCAAAACUAUUUGAUCUUAUAAACCAAAUGAGAAGUUAUGGAGAAGAUUUAUCUAAGGGAAGAGUAGUGCAGAAAUUGUUGAUUAGCUUGCCUGCUAUGUAUGAUCCUAUAUGUUCUGUUAUUGAGCACUCGAGGGAUAUAGAUACAAUUGAAGUUCAAGAGGUUGUUGCCUCAUUGAAAGGUUUUGCACAGAGAUUGGAGAGACACACUGAGCCUAAAACUGAGAAAGCAUUUGCUAGUCUCAGUGUGAAUUCUAAAACUGAUAAAUCUACAGGAAAACAAAGUGGUAAAGAUCAAAAGAGUUGGAAGCCAAGAGACAAGAAGUGGGAAAAUAAAUCCACUGAUGGUGCUAAGAAUCCAUGUAAGCAUUGUGGAAAACUGCAUUAUGGAGAAUGUAGAUUUAAAGGAAAACCAAAGUGUUACAACUGUGACAAGUUGGGACAUAUUGCAAAAGACUGCUACAGCAAGAAACCUGCACAGCAACAGCUGAACUAUGCAACUCAAGCUCCUACUGCACCAACUAUGUUUUUUGUCAACAAUGCAUCUGAUAAAAGGCCUAUGGAAGAUGUGUGGUACUUGGACAGUGGCUGUAGUAACCACAUGACUGGCAGGGAGGAUGUUUUGGUUGACAUUGAUAAAAGCAUAACAGCAAAG